UCACACCUCUCUCUCUCUCUCUCUCUCUCUCUCUCUCUCUCUCUCUCAAUUUUUCUACCCAUUUCACCUCCCACGUCUCCAUCUCCUGGAAGGCUCGAAUCUUCUAAGCUUGUUAUCUGGUAUUCGUCGCUUCUCGCCUUUCCUAAAGGUGAGGAUUUAAUGAAUUAGCUGAGAAGUAUCUCUGGAGCUGCGAAUUGAGAGCUUUUCCGGGACUUUUUCUACAAUAUGGCUUGUAAGGGGUGUUUGGAAUGCUUGCUGAAACUCUUCAACUUCUUAUUGACCCUUGCGGGUCUGGGCAUGGUUGGAUAUGGUAUCUACCUCUUUGUGGAGUACAAAAACCAUUCACCAUCUGGUGAUGAGCAUCCCAUCCCACCCUCGAGUGGCGAAUUAGUGCAACUAGGUCGACCUAUGCUCGUGGCUGUGUCUUUGGCCAACAACAUAUUCGAUAACCUUCCAAAAGAGUGGUUUUUAUAUUUGUUUAUUGGUGUUGGAGUGCUGCUUUUUGUAAUAUCUUGCUUUGGUUGUAUUGGAGCUGCAACAAGGAACGGGUGCUGCUUGAGUUGUUAUUCAGUAUUGGUGAUCUUGCUGAUCCUGGUUGAACUUGGAGCUGCUGCGUUUAUCUUCUUUGAUAAAAGUUGGAAGAAGGAAAUUCCAACUGACCGAACGGGUAACUUUGAUAUGAUAUAUGAAUUCCUAGAAGACAACUGGAAAAUUGUCAAAUGGGUUGCCCUUGGGGUAGUUGUUUUGGAGGCUUUAAUGUUCUUGUUAGCUCUUGUGGUAAGGGCAGCAAACAGACCAGCAGACUAUGAUAGUGAUGAUGAGUAUAUUGGCGGUCCAAGACAACAGAUCCGCCAGCCCUUAAUCAACAACAGGCAACCAGCUCCAGUCACAGGUGUACCUGUUGCAGGUACCCUUGAUUCUCGACCAAGCCGCAAUGAUGCUUGGAGCGCACGUAUGAGGGAGAAGUAUGGGCUUGACACUUCAGAGUUCACGUACAAUCCCUCCGAGUCAAACCGCUAUCCACCAACAAACGGACAACCAGCCGAGGAAAGAGGUCGUUGCACCAUAAUGUAAUAACGGUUUGGGUUUCUGACGUAUGUCAUCAUGCACGAUUAUGUGAGCUGAAUUUUGAUUGGCUGGUACUAGUGUGUGUAUCUUUAGAGACGGUUUUUGGUGUGAAGGAUAUAUGCACAAAACAGAGUUUCCGAAUCCUUAAUUGUAACUGCUGUUUGUUUUUAAUCUUAAGGGACAAACAUAUGAAUAUGAAACCCAAAGGCUGAAAGAUAUUCAGUAAUUUUCUUUCUUCUCCUUGAUAAAAAUGAAAAAAAAUGCAUUCUAGCA